AUGAGCGAAUCGUGUGUGGAGACUUCAGAAGCACCAGCUUGGCUAUCCAAAUUAGAGAGUCAGCGCGAAAAACUAAGUAAGGCUAGGCUUGGUCAUGACAGUGGUGCUGGUGCUCCUUGUAACUCUUGUGGUCCAACAUGCCCUGGUUUAGACCUUCAUUUUUGGCGAAAGGUUUGUCGUGCAUGUCAUUGCAGUAAGGAUGUACAUGAUGUACAAGAUGAUGAUCUGUCUGGAUGGGCUCAAUUUGAGCUACUGGGAACUGCUAGACCUAAAAAAGCUUCAUUGCCCUUGAUUAAGAUUCAUGGAGUGACUGACAAACCUGUUAAAUUAGAUUGGGUACCUCCAAAUGCUUCAACAGAAUUGGUUUCUGAGUAUAUGUCAUGUUUGGGUCCAUUGGCACCAGUCUCUGGGUCGGCUGCUGCCCGAAAGUGGCGUGCUCAACUUCGCACUCAGCUACCACCACACGAUGUGGCCCCCGCUGCUCGCCAUCAUGCCACCGAUCAAGAGAAGUCUGAGCACACGGAAUACAUCACGCGUAUUAAAGACCAUGUUGUCGGUAUGGGUAACGUGGUCAGAGUGGGCCCUUUACAAAAUGGCGAAGUGUAUUCAGUAGAAAAUAGUAAAGCUCACACAUCUACCAAGUCGUAUGCACUACCUUUAAAAAUAUCCAAUAUUUCGAGAGGAGUUAAGUAUAACAUAGUUCCAAAGAAUGCUUCUGACAAGAAAUUAGUUUUGGACUCCCAGGGAAAUAUAGUAAGCAGUGCUGCUAAUCUGCCUGAUUACAAAUCCAGUCCAAUUCUUAGUAGGAUUGUAAAAGACAAACUUCAUGUUAUGCGCAUAGAAUCAGAUAGGAUCAAGAGCGCGGUAGAACAUGGUCCAGUAUAUGAUAAAUUGCUUAAAAAUUUGAACGAAUUAAACAUGCCAGUCUCUAAUGACGUUUACCUACAACCUAUCAAGCUUUUCCGUGAUGAGUAUAACAAGAAUCCACAGUUUAGAGAUGAGAUCAACGAGUUUGCCAGUAAAGCGUUGGGAGCUCAAAUAAUGGCAGAUUUAUGGCCGGUAAGCAACAAUAACGUAAUAGCUACUGCAAAGUUACUUGAUAGCAGGAUACAGAAAGGGACCAUUUUUGCACCAAAUGGUGAGAUAUGGAGUUGGAAACAUGAGCCAAUCACUCCAGAACUGAGUGGCACUAUAUGUUCUACUAAGAUUAAUCCACAGUUUUCAACUUCGUCAAAACCGAUGAACCAGGUUGAGCCUCAACAAACUGCGCCAUUAAGGGAAUAUCUCAGAACACACUCUGAAGAAGACUUGCCUCCACCACCAAUGCCUAACUAUAGUACAUACCCUGGAGCAUUACCACAAUCAACUACACUUGUUGAUUGGAACCCGCCUGAAAGCCAAUCACUGGAAGAUUCUGGCCAUACCAUUAUGCAUCCCGUAAGCAACUAUGCUGAGCAAAUUGAUCCAAUACUUACACAGUUUGCUGACAUGUCUUUAAGUCCUGCAGAAAUGGAAUUUAACAGAAAAUUAUACAAUGAAGGAGUACCAUGCCAACGUUGUUGCAAACCUAUGUUUGCUGGUGAAGUAGCUGUGAAAGCCGAGAGAGCAGGACAAGAAGCAAUUUGGCAUCCACAAUGCUUCACUUGCUGCAAAUGUGGAGAAUUGUUGGCAGACCUUGUGUACUUUUAUUACAAAGGUGAAAUCUACUGUGCCAGAGACUUGGCCAAUGUUCUCGAGAUACCGCGUUGCGCUGGUUGCGAUGAACUGAUAUUUACAAGGCCAUAUACAGCAGCAGAGGGCAGAGCAUUCCAUGUGCAACAUUUUUGUUGCUAUCACUGUGAUGCACCGUUGGGUGGCAAAAAGUAUGUUCCAGAUGAUAAAACGGGCCUCCCAAUUUGUUUGUCCUGUUACGAUCAAUAUUACGCUGAGCGUUGUCGUGCUUGUAGUGGAGUUAUUGGUCCAGAGCAGCAAGGUGUUUCCUGGAGCAACAUGCAUUGGCAUGCAGACUGCUUUAUUUGUUCUGGAAGGAUGUGUGGUAAAAGCCUCCUAAGUGGCCGGUUUGUUGUGAAACAAGAAAUGCCUUUUUGUAGUGUUCCCUGUGUUCAGAGUAGAAUUAAGUAA